ACGGGGAUUUGUGAAUUUGGAAAGAAAUAGCAGCAGAGAUGGAGGAGAGCAGAGCAGUGCAAACCAAGAAGAAGCAAUUGGAGAAAACACUUCUGAACAAGGUGGAACAAGUCAUCAGCUCUAUCAACGCCGCUAAACACGUCGAUGACGUCAUCCUCAGCCUCCACUCCCUCGCCUCCCUCUUGUUUCCCCUCGAUUCUCGUGCCUUUUCAGGUUCAAUUGAUCAGCGUUACAGGGAUCAGGUGCUUUCUACGAAAGCUCCUUCGGUCGAGGAGAGGGAGAAUUGGUGGGAGGUUUUCUAUGGAGGAGCUUCAUUUCCUACACUUUCUCGACUUCUUUUGUAUGAUGUUGCUUUAAAUUGGCUACCAUGUUUCCCUAUUUCUUCAAGGAAACAUGUGUAUGAUGUGUUCUUUGUUAGUGGUCGCACUAGUGAGGUUGUGCAGACUUUAGUUGUCGCUCUACAGCAAAAUGGAAAUGGUAAACUUGACAACAGUCCAAUAUGCUCCAACGCUGAGAGAUUAGUUGCACUUUGUUUACUAGAGAGUAAUGGGGUACUCCAGAUUGCUCGAGAAUUUUCUGGUUCUUGUUCAUCUGAAGGCCUACGAGAUGUGCAGCGGAAGGCAGACAUCUCAAGGAUUGCCCAGCUUGUUACAUCUAUUCCUGAUAAAGCACGAGUGGAAGCCCCAAAACUUUAUGGUUUAUUGUCCACUUUACUAUCUUUCAGCUUAUUCUUCAAGCAGAUUACCAUUCAACUCCUUAAUGUAGCAGAGGAACUUAAAACGAACUUUUGCAAUGGGAAAGUUGUGUUACAUAAAACUGAUGUGGAUGGAGCCAUAAUAUUUGUUGGAGAAAUAUUUUCUCGCAUUUGUCGACGAGGGUCUGCAGAUGUGCUGUUAAGCAAACUGGUGCCUGGGGUUCUAAAAUAUGUUCGGGGUUUCUUAUUAUUCAAGGCAGAUUUAUCGAGUAAUGAGAUUGAGCCAGUACCUGUUUCUGGUUUCUGGUCAAAAAUAAUUGGUGCCAUCAAAGAUCCAUACACUGUAAAAAGAAUUUCCGAACAGAUUUUGCGUCAUCUAGCAACUCAAGAUAUUAGUGAUGUUGAAGCAUACUGGAUUCUCUGGUUAUUGUUUCAUCAAAGUUAUGAAAAUCAAGCAUCCAUCAGAUCCAUGUUUGUUGAGGAUUUUUUGUUCUGGAAGGUAUUUCCUGUACGUUGCUUGAGAUGGAUCCUACAAUUUGCGAUUCUUAAAUGCCCGCCUGAUGCUGCUUCACUGGCUAAAGGUUGCAAUCGUGGUCUUGUGGAGACCAUGCAGCAUCUUGUCACAGUAUGGUCCAAAAGAGAGUUUGUGCAGUCAGCCUCAGUAGAGCAACAAGCUUAUAUAACUGCUGCAGUUGGCCUUUCUCUAGAGCAGAUGUCAAAAGAAGAUCUGGACACUACCAAGGAUGCGUUGCAGUUCAUUCUUCAAGGAGUUAGCUGUAGGUUAGAGAGCCCAUCCCAUCUAAUUCGCAAAAUGGCUAGCUGCGUUGCCUUAAUUUUUUCUAAAGUGAUUGACCCUAAGAAUCCUUUGUAUCUUGAUGAUUUGAGUCCUGAGGAGAAGAUUGAUUGGGAAUUUGGUACGGUAACUUCUGAGAAUGGUUCUCUUGCUUCAACAAAUGUCAUAGGAAAAGAUACUGAUGAGGUUAAAGGAUAUGGUGCUUUGGAGAAGGAUGUUAAGACAUCUAGGGAUGGAGUAAGUUCUGAGGAUACAAAGAGAAAAAAGUCUGAAUUUGUUCUGGUUGAUCCAGAUGAAGUUAUUGAUCCUGCUGUGCUAAAUAAUGAAUUGAUAUCCGAUGAAGAAGGCUAUGAUGAUGAUGCUGUUGAGGACUCUGAAACCUCAAGUAACUCUUCUCUGCAGCCAUACGAUUUAUCAGACGACGACACAGAUUUGAAAAAAAACUUUUCGCAGUUAGUUGAUGUCAUUGGAGCUCUUAGGAAAUCAGAUGAUGCUGACGGAGUUGAAAGGGCUUUAAAUGUUGCUGAAAAGCUUAUUCGGGCAUCCCCAGAUGAACUUAAAUAUGUAGCUGGCGAUCUGUCUAGAACUCUUGUACAAGCUCGUUGCUUUGAUUCAAGUACAGACGGUGAAGAAGACUCUGCAGAAGAGAAGAGGCAAAAAGCGCUGGUUGCAUUGAUUGCCAUGUCACCUUUAGAGUGUCUUGAUACUCUAAAUAAACUCCUAUAUUCACCCAACUUAGAUGUUAGCCAAAGGAUCAUGAUUCUUGAUGUUAUGACAGAUGCUGCUCAGGAACUUUCUCAUGCAAGAACUACAAAACCAAAAGCUCUAUCUAGAGCACAGAUAUCAACCAUUUCAGAGACUCAACCUUGGUUCAUGCCAAGUAGUGUGGGGCCUCCUGGAGCUGGUUCCUGGAGAGAGAUAUCUAGACCUGAAACUCCAUUAAAUUGGUCGCACUCUUAUGAAAGAGAACUGCCUUCUGUUCCAGGUAAGCUCGAGAAAGGAAAGUCACGCCGAUGGAGUAGCAGAUUGGAGAAAACAGAUCAGUUGGAAUGGUCUGAGAAUCGUUUCCCUCAAUACGCAGCAGCAUUCAUGCUUCCAUCGAUGCAGGGUUUUGAUAAGAAAAGGCAUGGAGUUGAUUUGCUUGGAAGGGAUUUUAUUGUCUUGGGAAAACUAGUUUAUAUGCUUGGUGUUUGUAUGAAAUCUGCAGCCAUGCAUCCGGAAGCAUCUGCCUUGGCACUUCCCCUUAUGGACAUGUUAAGUUCCAGGGCGUUAUGCCAUCAUGCAGAAUCAUAUGUCAGAAGAUCAGUCCUGUUUGCAGCUUCAUGCAUACUAGUGGCUCUUCAUCCCUCAUAUGUAGCAUCUGCCUUGGUUGAAGGGAAUUCUGAUGUCUCAAAAGGGCUUGAGUGGAUUCGGACUUGGGCCCUUCAUGUAGCUGAAUCAGACACAGACAGAGAUUGCUACACUAUGGCUAUGGCAUGUCUCCAGCUCCAUGCUGAGAUGGCUCUCCAGGCUUCACGGGCAAUGGAGUCGGCAGACAGUACAUCCAACGGAAACAUCAUUGGUCUCCCUUCAAACAUGUCAAAAGAGACGAUUAAAAUUCCCCUCUCAAAUGUAAAACUAUUUUAAGUUGAGGAUUAAAUUUUAGAUAUGGAAAACUAGUGCCUAGUGUAUAUAGAUAUUUUAAGGUCUUUAGGCAUAAAUGUACUGUCUAACUAAAUGAAAUUAGAAGUAUUUUGGGUAUUUUAAA